CCGAGUCCUGCUCCCGCUCAGCCCCGCAGCCAUGGCAUUGGUGGCCUUCAAGGAUGUGGCCGUGGACUUCACCCUGGAGGAGUGGGCCCUCCUGGACCCUUCCCAGAAGGAGCUGUACAAGGAGGUCAUGCUGGAGAACGCUCGGAACCUUCUCUUCUUGGGACUUCCUCUUCCCAGAGAAGAUUUGCUCUCCCACUUUGAGCGAGGGGAAGGUCCGUGGAUGCCUGAGCGAGCAGACCCCCGAGGCCCCCGCCCAGAUAAAGAAACUAGGCUUGAAAUAAGGGAGACUGCUUCAGAGAUGGAGUCACACCAUCAAAGAUUUGUGAAUGAUGGUCACUGUGACAGUUUAAGAGAAAACUGUAACUCUGAUAUCAAGAUGAAGAAAAAACAAGAGAGUUACUCUGAAUUUGAUAAAUAUGGAAAGAGUUUCAGACAAUGUUAUGUUUUAAUUCCAUGUUUGAAAAUGACUUCAGGGAAACUCUGCUCUCAGGACAGUAAAUAUAGGAAAAGCUUUACUGAUCAGGGAAAGGUUGUUAAGUCUCAUGAGAAGCUUUCUGAAAUACAGACUUAUCAAUGUAAUCAAUGUGAGAUGGUCUUCAGCUUGAAUUCAGACCUAAUUAGACAUCAGGAAAGUCAUACUGAGAAAAUGCACUAUGUUGAUAAUGAAGGUAGGAAGGCCUUUAGAGAAAAUUCAAAGGUAGAUGAUCAUCAGAAAACUCAAAAUGAAAAAAAAUAUGGAUGUAAUGAAUGUAAUAAAUCCUUUAAGCGACAGUCAUCCCUUAUUCGUCAUCAGAAAUUUCAUACUAGUGAAAACCAACAUAAAUGUGUGCAAUGCGGAAUGGCCUUCAGGCGACAGUCAUCCCUUAUUUACCAUCAACGAAUUCAUACUAGAGAGAAAUCUCAUAGAUGUCAUGAGUGUGGUAAAGCUUUCAGUGAAAACUCAUCUCUUAUUGCACAUCAAAGAAAACACACUGGAAAGAAACCUUAUCGAUGUAAUCAAUGUGGAAAGACUUAUAGAUGCAGACGCAGUCUUGCUGAACAUCAGAAAAUCCACACUGGAGAGAAACCUUAUGAAUGUCAUCAAUGUGGCAAAACUUUUGUUGAAAACUCAUCCUUUAUCAUACAUCAGAGGAUCCACACUGGAGAGAAACCUUUUGAAUGUGAUCAGUGUGGAAAGACUUUCAGACAGAGUUCUAGUCUUGCUGUACAUCAGAGAAUCCACACUGGAGAAAGACCUUAUGAAUGUAAUCAGUGUGGAAAGAGUUUCACACAGAGGGCUAGUCUUGCUGUACAUCAGAGAAUCCACACUGGAGAGAAACCCUAUGCGUGUGAUCAAUGUGGAAAGUCUUUCAGAUGUAGCUCCAGUCUUGCUCAACAUGAAAGAAUCCACACUGGAGAGAAACCUUAUGAAUGUAAGCAGUGUGGAAGGGCUUUCAGCUGUAGAUCCAGUUUUGCUAAACAUCAGAGAAUUCACACUGGAGAGAAGCCUUACGAAUGUAAUCAAUGUCAAAAGACUUUUAGAUUCCGCUCCAGUCUUGCGAAACACCAGAGGAUCCACACUGGAGAAAAACCUUAUGAAUGUAAUGAAUGCGGAAAGACUUUUGGACAGAGCUUCAGUUUUGCUGAACAUCAGAGAAUCCACACUGGGGAGAAACCUUAUGAAUGUAAUGAAUGUGGAAAGACUUUCAGACAGAGGUCUAGUUUUGCUGAACAUCAAAAAAUUCAUUCUCGAGAGAAACCUCAUGAAUCUCAUGAAGAUAGAGGGGCUUUCUCGGGCAGCUCCAAUCUUGCUGAACAUCAGACUAAUCACACUGAAGAGAACCCUUAUCAAUGUAAUAAAUGUGGAAAGACUUUCAGAUUCAACUCCAGACUCUCUGUACAUCAAAGAAUCCACACUGGAGAAAAACCUUAUGAAUGUAAUCAAUGUGGAAAGACUUUCAGAUGCAGCUCCAAUCUUGCUGAACAUCAGAGAAUCCACAGUGGAGAGAAACCUUAUGAAUGUAAUGAAUGUGGAAAGACUUUCAGAUUCAAUUCCAGACUUUCUGUACAUCAGAGAACCCACACUGGAGAAAAACCUUAUAAAUGUAAUCAAUGUGGAAAGAGUUUCAUAAGGAGCUCCAGUCUUGGUGAUCAUCAGAGAAUCCACACUGGAGAAAAACCUUUUGAAUGUAAUCAAUGUGGAAAGACUUUUAGAUGCAGCUCCAAUCUUGUUGAACAUGAGAGGAUCCACACUGGAGAGAAACCUUUUUACUGUAAUCUAUGUGGAAAGACUUUCAGACACCGAUCCAGUCUUGCUGAACAUCAGAGAGUCCACACUGACUAGAAACCUUAUGAAUAUAAUUAAUUAAUUGAGAUGAAAUAGAUAAAUAAAGCCUUCAGUUAACAGUCAUCCUGUAUUUCCCAUCCUUACUAGAUAGAAAUCUUACCACUAUAAUGAAACUAUAAUUGUUUUGUGGGGAAAGACAUUCAAAUAGAGAUUGUUCGAUGUCAGAAAAUUCAUGCUAGUGGUACACUCAAUAUGGACUCAAUGUUGGAAGACUUUCAGUCAAGUAUAUUUUUCUUUACAUCAGAUAAUACAUAGUAAAGAAAGACUUUGAUUGUGCUCAAUGGUGAAAGGCAUAUUGCUGAAGAGGAAUGUCCUUAAACACCAGAAUAUUCACAGUGAAAAGAAGCUUUAUAAAAGCAAUGAUAAUAGGAAAACUUUGACAUAGAUUCAUAUUUGCCUAUAUACAGGAACAGUGUUAGAGGUAAAACUUAGGAUCUAUUUAAUAGCUUGCUUUAGCCCAGACCUAAUUAGACAUCCCAAUUUUCAUACUAUGGAAAAACCCUAUGAAUGUAUGAAUUUUUCUCUGCAGUACUAUUGGUUUUAUUUCAAUAUUCUUCAAAAAUAGUCCAUAGCAUUCAUAUGCUAUAACUUCAUCAUCUAUUCUCUAAUUGAUUAAUACUGACUUGUUUUCUGUUCUUUGUUGACACAAAAGACUCUGGUAUAAAUAUUUUUGUAAUUCUCAAAAAUUUAGCUCUGUAAUGAUUUCUUUAGACUUGUAGGUGGAACAGUGCAUAGAGUGCUGCUCUUGGGCUAUAAGACAAGUUAAAAUUCAGUCUCUAACAUUUACUAUCCAUGAUCAUGGGCAACUGUCUCCAUUUUCCCCAUCUGUAGAAUGUAUAUACUCUUAACACCUCAAAGCUGAUGGUAGGAUCAAAUGAGGUAAUGUCUGUGAAGCUCUUUACAAGCAUGAAAUGACUAUUUAAAUGCUAGUGAUUAUUAUUAUUAUUCUUUGGGUCAUAAACCUCUUAGAAUAGUCAUUAGUCAUAGCAUAGACAGUUUAGUCACUUUUCUUAUAAUUGAAAUUGAUGUUCAAAACAGUGUAGAGGAAGGCAGUGCAUUUUAAUGAUAGAAUAUUGAAUUUACAGUCAGGAAGACUUGCUUAAAAAUCCUGCCUCAAAGACUCUGUAAUUGUAACUUUGGACAAGGAACAACCUCCUAGUGCCUCACUUUACCCCUCUUUAAAAUGAGGAGGUUGGACUCAGUGUCUGUGGUCUUUUUCAGCUCUAAAUCUGUGUUCCCAUGUCUCUUUCCACAGCCUCUUACAAUAUUCUAUGAUGGAGGUCUAACAGGAACUAUACUGAAACUAUAGCACAAGCUAUUUUGUAGUAUUUUUAAAUGGAAAGCUUGAGAAAUUCAACAGAUCAGGUACAUAACAUACAAAAGAAAAUGGGUGGGGAUCCAAGAUGGUGGAAUAAGGCCAGAAUGCUUGUAUAGUCUUGUAAUAUACCUGUCUUUAAAACAAAUGUACCUAAAUAAAUCAUGA